AUAUGGUUUUCUGGGGUACAUAACUCCAAGCCACCACUCAGCCAUAGAUAAUACAUAAACAAAUGGGCAUGACUGUGUGCGAAUAAAAUUUUAUUUACAAAAUAAGCCCCGGGCUGGAUUUGGCUUGCAGGCUGUAGUUUGCUGAACCCUGCUAUAUUUCAUAAGCUGAUGAAAAGAAGCAUGCUGUUAGAUAUAAGGGCUGGAUUGGAGGAUUGCCAUCAGUGUUUAUGGUAACCAUUGAUCAUUUGUGGAAUAUUCCACAGCUGAUUUAAAGAAUCUUUAUGUUAACUAACCUGUCUACCUCUUCUUGAUAUCAUCCCACAGUUCUAACUUGUGUAUCAUUCAGCUUCAUAGAUGGAAGGGAAAGAAUGAGGGAGACUGAUUUCUAAUUCUUCAGAUAUAGUAUGUUCCAAGUUCACCUUUUCUUCUUACUAAUACCAUUAUGCCCAUAAUAGACCAUCAUCUAGUAGAAUGUAGGUAGAUAAUUACUAUUUCCAUUCAAGAAAAAAUUUGCAACAUCAUGUUUUUCCUUUGCUGCCUUCCAGUUAGUAUUCAUUUCUUUUGGCAUUCUUAUGUCCUUUGUUUAACUUUUAGACAGGAAAAGUUUGUGUGUACUUUAGAACUUUGGUGAUCCAGUGUUUUUGGCUGUUGUAAACUUCUGUAGAUAUUUUAUUACUGUUUCACAUUAUGUGGAAUGAAUAUGUUCCUUUAUUCCAAGUUCUUCCUGUCAGGUCUGUUCUUGGAAUUCGUUCAAGUGUGAAAUCUUGAAUGCCAAUAAUAACAAGCAUCCUUGCUUGCCCCUUCCUGUUAGAGAAGGUAGAGUGCUGCAGUGUGCAGGUUAUCUGCUCAUGCAGAGUUAGCAUAGGGCACUUGGGUGGCUUAGGUGAUUGGAAAUAAACAGUGAAGUCUUCUUUACGUUUCUAGUUCAUGUCUGAUAGGUAAUACAGUAUUUCAAAGCUCAUGUAAAAAUAAAUCAUCUUGAUUUCAAUCCCUGUUAAUUAGGAUUAGUUAUAUGAAAUAUACUCAACAAUUUGUAUGAUAUAAUUGGCAGGAAAAGGCCAUGACUUUCUGGGUGGUUCAGAUGAAUUUUUCUAUUCAGUUUUACAAGUUGUCCCAAAAGCUCGGUGGUCCUACAUAUCUGGCCAUUUCCCUCUUAGUUCUUAAGUUGACUUAUCUCCCCCAUUUAGUCUAACAUGGUAUUUUCUUUUACCAAGUGUUAUUACAGUAAAAGUAUCCAUUUAAACAUGAAAAUCAUAUGCUUUAUUUUUAGCUUCUAAAUGCAAGUAUAUAUGGGCAGUGCAUAGGGGAAAAAGAAAAGAGACUUCAACAACUAAAGCUUAACUUUUACUAGAGCAAGGGGGUGAUUACUGGCUCUUCCAGUAGCAAAGAACAGGGCUUUGUAAAGAGCAAUUGGUGCCAGGACAAUUCAAUUUCCUCCUAGAUAGAGUGACAGUGCCAAUGACAGAGAAAAGAAAUAGAUAUUAUCUAUAUGGGCUUUAGAAAGGCUUUUGAUUUUCAUCCAACAUGACUUUCUCAUCAGUAAAUUAGGAAAGUCUGGUCCAGAUCAUGUUGCAGUUAGGCGAAAGCCCCACUUGGCAGAAGGGCUUCAGCCACACUGGGAGUUGAGAGUCCCUCUGUGUUAUCCCAGAACAGGUUCAGUCCUCUCCCCUUGGAAUUCUGUCUGGGGGAGAAACAUAUGUAAUAGGUUGCAAUCAGGAAUACCUUUGAAAACCAGACAAUAUGCCAAAGUCGGGGAAAUGAUAAGUAAGCAUGUCUUUAAAGGUCAUGGAACCAGACACAAGAUAAAAAUUAAAUUAAAUUAAUAUGUGGCUUAAAAAGGCUUAGGCACCAGAAGGAAACUAAAUUCAAUAUAAGGAUGCUGCUGCUGUCACUGUUUCACGGCACAUUAAAAUCUAGAUUCAAAAUUUUGUAACUGCCUUGGUUAGCCAGGGCUGCUAUGACAAAUACCACACAAUGAGUUAGCUUAAACAACAAGAAUUUAUUGACUCAUGGUUUCGGAGGCUAGAAGUCCAAAAUCAAGGUCUUGACAGGCCAUGCUUUCUCCCAGAAUCUGUAGUAUUCUGGUACUGGGUUGCCGCAAUCCUUGGGGUUCCUUUUCUUGCCUCUCUGCCUCUGUCAUGGUUUCUCCCCCUGGAUUCUACUUCUCCUGCUCAGUUGUCUGUGUCUCUGUCUAGACUUCCUGUUGUCAUAAGGACUUCAGCCCAAUGGAAUAGGGCCCACCCUGAUUCAAUUUAGCCUAAUCUAAAUAGGAUCUUCACAAAUGAGUCCUCACCUUAACUAAUAACAUCUUUAAAGGUCCUAUUUACAAAUGGGUUCACACCCACAGGAACAUGGAUUAAGACUUGAACAUGUCUUUUAGGGGGUGGCAUGAUUCAGUCUCCAACCGAACUAAAAAGGAUCUUUGCUGUCAAAUUGUCCAUCCUCAUUUUGCAGAAGGCUUCCAGCCAAGGGAGAAAGUCACUUGCCCAAGUCCACAUAGCUAGUUAAUUGCAGGACCGGGACUAGAAUUCCUAGUUCAGACUUUCACUAUUGACUUUUUUUUUAAAAUAUCUUGACUGAGGCAUAAUUUACAUUUCAUAUAAUCUACCUAUUUCAAGUGUACAACUCAGUGAUUUUUUAGUAAACUUACAAAAUUGCACAAGCAUCACCAUAAUUCAGUUUUGGAACAUUUCUAUCACCCUAAUAUGAUCUCAUAUGUCAUUAACUAUUAAUCCCUAUCCUCCUUCUCUGCCCAGUCCUAGGCAACCACUAGUCUAUUUUCUGUCUCUAUAGAUUUACCUUUUUAGAAGUUUCAUAUAGAUGAAAUCAAAAUAACCUAUGGUCUCUUGUGUCUAACUUCUUUCACUUAGCGUAAUAUUUUUGAAGUUUAUCAAUGUCAUAGCAUGUAUCAGUAAUUCAUUCCUUUUUAUUUGCUAAAUAGUAUCCCAUUUAUGGAUAUACCACAUUUUGUCCAUCUAUUCACCAGUUGGUGGAUAUUUAGAUUGUUUGUAGCUUGGGGCUAUUAUGAAUAAUGCUGCUGAUAACUUUCAUUUAUCACUGCUGACUUUUUUCAGUGUUCAACAGCUCUUCCUCUCAAAUUGGGGUUAAAGUUCCCAUCAGAUGUUACCUCUUCCCUACCCUGAUCCUCUAGAUCUGCACAGUAGAGUUCCCCAGAUGGCAACUAAAGUUGCUAUUAAUGUUCUAAUAAAUAGCUUUAGGGGAUUAAAUGGUCCAGAGAAGAAGAAGCUUGUUAGUCUAAUAAUAGUCUUUUUUUCUGUGUGGCUCAUGAGAAACUCUUAGCCAAAUGAAUGAGAGGAAUUGGAUUUAAAACUCAGCAAAAAACACUUCUGUAGGCAUAGGAGACACAUUUCAUAUGACAGUGGACACUAUCAAGUUAAUUUGCAAUAUUAUAAAAACAAAACCCAUGUAGUUGCCUCUGAGAGGUGCUUAUAUGAGUGGAUUUAAAUCUUUCUGAGGCCAGAUGGCCCUUGUGAUCCCCUAAAAGGAAGACAGUCCUAUUGUGGUGCUCUCUUUUGUGUGGUUAAGACAUUUUGCCUUUUGUGUUCAAAGAGUCCAUUUCAUUGUGUUCGUGAGAAAUAAAACCAGUCAUUGGAAAAUUUUAUGCAAACCACUCUGUAUGGCAGAUGGAGACAGAACAUUGCUCCAGGGUCUUAAACAGAGCAGUGUCCUCUCGCUGCUGUUCUCUCCAUAAUAAUUGCUAGCAUAAGCAUUCUUCAAUUCUAGAUUUUUACAGUUUACUAAGUAUUUUCACAUCUAAUCUCCUUUUCACUUCACAUUUGAACCUUUAGUGGUUCCCAGACUCGCCCGAAGGAUAGCCUGUCACAUGGCAAUUCAAAGCCCUUUUCAAUCCAGUUCCAUCUGGUUGGUCUGCCUUCAUCUCCCAUCACUCCCAGCAAUGGACUUGCAUUUCCUUCCUCUCUGCAUUUCAUAGACCGUCUCUCCUCAGCCCUUGUAUAUUUGGAGAAUUCUGACUCAGCCUGUAGUCAGACCUACACAUUAUCUCCUCUGUAGGAAGUCUUUCCUUUGCCUCAGCAGAAUUCAUUGAUCCUGCUUUUGCAUACCCAUAGUGGUUUGAUAAUACAGUACAAUGUAUUAGCUGUUUGACCUUGCAUAAGUAGCUUAACUUAUCUGAGCUUUUCUUUCCUUAUCUGGAAUAUUUUUGCAUCUUUCAGAGGAGUUGUAUGAAACCCAAACGCCAAAGCAUAUUACAUACAAGAGUAAUGGAUUAAUAUUAAGAGUAGAAAUGUGAACAUAGUACUUCAAAUUAUAAUUACAACCAAUUUUCUGUGGGUUUGCUUGAUCCUUGAACACGGCAAUCCUAUUGCAUUCGCCAUUGUAUUCCAAGCACUAAGCAAAGUUCUGAUACAUAAUAAAUCUGAUUAAAUCAUUGCAAAGUAGGCAGGGGAGUUACUUUAUCAUCAUUUUUUAAAUUAGAAAUUGAGGCCCAAAAUGCUAAGUGAUAUAAUAAUUUAGUCAUUAAGUCCUGUUCACCUUUCUCUGAAUUUGAUAGACCUUCUAAAGGCCUCUGGAAGAUGUGAUUUUGGCUGUACCUAGUAUCAAGAGCAGUGUUUCUCAAGGUAUUGUCUGAGACCACAUGUCACAGACUCACUUCUGAAGAUGCUUGUUAAAAAUAUAAAAGCAAAUCUCACAAAUGUAAUGUUGGGGUGGGGGUUGGGGAGCCAGACACAAAAAGAGUAUAUACGCUAUGGUUCCAUUUAUUUGAUGUGCAAAAACUAAUUUAUGGUGUUAGAUGUCAGGGGGAGGAGGCAAUGGAGGAGAGUAACUGGGAAGAGACAUGAGAAGGCUUCCAGGGUGCUGGUGAUGUUCUGUUUCUUGAUCUGGGUGCUAUAACGUGGGUGUGUAGAAUUUGUGAAAAUCGUUGAGCAGCACAUUGAGAUUUGUACAUUUUUAUUUAUGAGUGUUAUUACACUUCAUAAAGGUUCCAAAAAUGUGGAUCCAUGGGCCCCACAGCAGACCUACCAAGUCAGAAUCUCUGGGGAUAGGGCCUGAGGACCCUGCAUUUUGAUAAGAAUUCCCUUUCAAAUUUUUCUUAGGCAUGUUGAGUAUUGAGAAUUACUGCUAAAGAAAGAGGAUUAGGAAAAUAUCCUUCCAAUGCCCAAGAAUUCUUCAAUUCUAUCCUAACCACAAAUAUUCCUUAGAAAAGAAAUCCGGGAGUCAGUUGCCUUUUGUUAGGAAAGUGCAUGUCAUCUUCAGGUACUUUAGAGAGAGAACUAAGAAAUCAAAGAUUUAUAGAAAUGUACAGUUUUCUACUUUUCCUUUUAAUAUUAUUAUUAUUCUAAUGUGUCAUACACAGUAUAAUUUGUGAAUAUUUAUCUAGAAGAAUGGAAAAUGAUUUUAUUGAGGCCCUGUAAAAACUUGGCAGGUGCUAGGACCUAAUGGAAUUCAGGCAACUAAAGUCUGAGGUGAGACAUCACAUCACAGGGUGUGGUGCAGUGUACACAGAUAUGGAAAAGCCAGUUCUUCCACAUGUAAGCUACUUAGACUCCAUUUCAACUCUCUUCAUACCAAGUCCAAGAUUUCAGCAGCUUUUACAUUUGCUUCUUAAACUGAAAGCAUGUUUCUUGUAAAGGCUUUUUUGGAAGGGGCAGAUAGAGGCCUUGGAGAAGCUUUUGGAGGUCUUCUGAGAGGAGGUGGUCAGAGAGGAGGAGGAAAUAUUGGAGGGAUAGUUGGAGGAAUUGUGAAUUUUAUCAGUGAGGCUGCAGCAGCUCAAUAUACUCCAGAACCACCUCCAACUCAGCAGCAUUUCACAAAUGUGGAGGCCAAUGAAAAUGAGGAAGUUAGGCGGUUUCGGCAACAAUUUACACAGCUGGCUGGACCGGACAUGGAGGUGGGUGCCACUGAUCUGAUGAAUAUUCUCAACAAAGUCCUUUCUAAGCACAAGGACCUGAAAACUGAUGGCUUCAGUCUUGACACCUGCCGGAGCAUCGUCUCUGUCAUGGACAGUGACACAACUGGGAAACUGGGCUUUGAAGAAUUUAAGUAUCUGUGGAACAACAUCAAGAAAUGGCAGUGUGUUUAUAAGCAGUAUGACAGGGACCAUUCCGGGUCUCUGGGAAGUUCUCAGCUGCAGGGGGCUCUGCAGGCAGCAGGCUUCCAGCUAAAUGAACAACUUUACCAGUUGAUUGUCCGCCGAUACGCCGAUGAGGACGGAAGUAUGGAUUUUAACAACUUCAUCGACUGCCUGGUUCGCCUGGAUGCCAUGUUUCGUGCCUUCAAGUCUCUGGAUAGAGAUGCAGAUGGCCUAAUUCAAGUGUCUAUCCAAGAGUGGCUGCAGCUGACCAUGUAUUCCUGAAGUGGGCACUGAGAAGUCAAGACCCCCCCUGGAGGACGGGACUCUUGAGAGCCCAGCUUUGCUCUCCACAGUGUCACUGACACUGCCCCACAGCUGUCCCUUUUAGGCCAGCUCCUGCACAACUCUGCAGAUUUCUGAACUUUGCUACUCUUUACCACUUAAUUCAAAUAGAUUUUACAUGCUAAAUAUUUUGAAUGGUUUGUACACCAGCUUUUUGAGAUAUUCGAUUCAUAUGCACUGGGGGGAGGGAAUGAUAAAGAUUUUAAAAGGUUGUUUGCUUGCUUGGUAAAUGAAUUCCACUGAUUAGGAACUUUCCUGUUGUUGUUCAGAAUGAAAUUUUGAAAAAAAAAAAAAAAUCCUGGAAUAAAUCAAGAAAGCACUCAGGAGUUUUAUUUUUCCCAUUUAAAAGGUGAGAGAAGAAGUUCAAAAUGUGUUUUAUUCUUAAUUUUACAUCUGGUCUUUCUAUUAUGUAAAAAAUGAAAGGUGUUUUUCAGGAAGUCUCUAUAAAGAAACAGCUUCAGGUACGUGAAAUAAAGCAGUUUCAGAUAAGCAUAGCAUUUUAUUAUGGUAGAGCAAGUAUCUAAAUUCUAGAAUUCUUUAGUCCUGUUUCUCUGAUUAAAUAAGCACACGGGAACUUUGGUUUGUUUUGAGGUAUUUGUAAAGAGAGUUAAGGACAUUGGAGAAUAAAAGGAUAUACCUGUAGUUCAAAAUGUCUCUGGCUGCCUUAAUGAAUCAAAAUGAUCACUCUUAUAUGUACUUCAUACAAAAUUAGGCAUGCCCAGCUGAGAUUAGCCAGCUCUUGUCAUGGCUUGCCCUGCCUUGGAGCAAGGAAAAUUCUUCUGUUUCUCUUUGAAAACUUCAUUUAGGAAAAAAGUAAAUGAAGAAAAAACAAAAGCUUAAAUAAAUAGUAAUCAGUUAAAGGGAAUAAAAAGCAAUAUAGAAAACAAAUAUCAUUGACUAUUUAUUGCCAGUGGUUCUCAGCCCUGGCUGCACUUUAGACUCUUUCAGAAUAUUGAUGCCUGAGUCCCACCCCAAAUGAGUUAAACAAGGAUCUUUAGAAGUGGGGCCCACUGAUGAGUAUUUUUAAGCCCCCCUAGAUGAUUCUAACCAGCAGCCAAGGUUGAGAUCCACUGUUUUAAAGUAAGGUUAGCAUGCAGUAUUUUUUCAAAUCAGUCUCAGCCAAAACUAGGCCAAGCUAGGAGAGUCAGUGUCGACAGUGUCCAAGAGAAGAUAGAAAUACUAAGAAACCAGCACUCAAAAGCUGUGGUAGUCAUGCCUUUCUUGUGUGUAGUGUAGCUCUUGGUUUGGCUUUAUAAGUUUGAUUCAGGCUCUUUCAGUGGGGCAAGCAAAAUCCAGAAGCCCUGUGCAAGUGGACUUAAGGAUAGAGAGGCUGCAUUCUCAGUUCUCAGUUCACCUGCCUGCUAUUUAAUUAGUUUCCACUCCUGCUUCUCUGGUUUUCAAUGCAUCCCCUCUCUCUGAGGCUACCUUUUGAGUGUCCUCAUGAGAUCGAAGGUAAAUUCUUCCUUCCUCUUUUGACUCAUUUAGAAGUAGGUUGUAACUAUGGAAAUGAUGUAACUGACCUGUUAACAACCCUCAGCUGCCUGUUAGAAAUCCCCAGUGAAAACUGGAGAAGCUGGCAUUUGGCCUCUGUGUUCGCCAUCAACACCAUCAUCUAAUAUUUAUGGAACUCCACAUGCAUAUGAUUCUGAACUGAGCCGACUACAGAGAUCUUAUCCACUUUCCUCAAGAAACUUGUAAUUUAGGCUUGGUCUGGUGUGCUACUUGGAACAAGUGUGGUUGUGUAAGUAAUGAGGCCACUUCCAGCAACCACACGGUAACAUUAGCCUCCCUAUUUUAUAAUAAAGCCACUUAUGUAUUAAGCAUAGAUGUAGGAGAAUAGCCAGGAAAGGGGAAAGCUGCCAAGGUGUCAUUAAAGGUCUUAGAAUAUUAAAUUUAUAAUUUAACCUUUCCCACUUGAUGGCUGCAGAAAGGACAGUGUACCCACUGCAUUUUCUUUCCUCGCUUCAUUUUAAAUGUUUCAUAAGAGUUAAUACAACUGUCUCACACUAGGGGUGGUAUGAAGAAUUUCCCUUGUCCUCAAGUAGAGGGGUUGCCUACUUUCAUGAGUCUUUCCAGCAGGCACGUGGCAAAACAUCCUGAAGUUACCUUUUUACCUUCUGUUCCCUUCUGAAUUUGUAUAAAAUUUGUUUAACAAUCUCAGUCCACAGAGUGAGGACCCUGGAAAAUGCAGUCCAAACUCAAGAUUUUCCAAGUAGCCAAAUAUCUGGCAUUGUGUAGAACCAAUAGCGUAAUGAGUAGCUGAAUUUAUUUUUUAUCCAAUAUCUGAUGUUUUAAAGGUACAUUUUCAAUGUAAGAAGAAGUAUUUACUUGACAACUUUUUAAAAACAUAGCCAUUUCUAUGAUGAAGUUCUUUAUAUCUCCAUCCCAUUAUUUUUUGUUUCUGAUAUUAAGUGAUAUAGUCCGUGUAGUAAGUUGAAAACAAUAUGCAGUGAUAAACUACAUCAUCAUAUCAUCUACAUUUUUAAAUUUCAAAUAUUCCACGAUUUUUAAAAUUACCUUUACCUCAAUAUAAUCCACUGAAUGCUAUAGCCUGUAAUAGCACCUAACAGCAAACUUCCAAAAACAUUCAAAAUUUGUAUGUCCUCUUAAAGGUCACAUGUAAAAUAUUUUUUGAGUAGUAGAGUAUCAGUUUAUAAAAGUUGAUUUGUAUAGAAACCUCAGUCAGAAAUCUCUAUCACAUUAUUGCACAACUAACCCAUAGUAGGGCCUCAAAAAACAUUUGUGGAAGCACCUUAGGGCACUGAUAUUUAAUGUGCCUAGUGAUCUUGAUGCACCUUCAGAAUUGCUUUUAAAAAAUGUUUGCUUUUAAUUCUAAGUCAAUUAAAAUAAUUUAAUUCCUAGAAAAUUGGUAAUACAAUUAUGUACUUGGAUAAAAAUAUCCUCUUACCCAGAAUAUCCAGGUAAACUGAAUGCCUCUUCCCUGACUCUUCCGGAUAACUGAGAAUUUACUGUAUUUUACUAAUAAUACUCCUUGGGGUUUAAAGAGCAUCUUUAAAGCCUUGAAGACUUUUUUCGUUGAU